CAACACCCUCAAAACCAUCCCUGCACUAAGCUUCUUCCUCACACUAAGAAAGCCUUUUGUAUAUCUAUAAAAUAAAAUACAAACAUGGCCACCUCUGCGAUCCAAAACUCCGCCUUCGCCGGCCAAACAGCUCUCAAGUCACAGAAUGAGCUCGUUAGGAAGGUUGGCAGCUUUGGUGGUGGCAAGAUCACCAUGAGACGUACUGUUAAAAGUGCACCCGAAAGCAUUUGGUACGGACCUGACCGUCCCAAGUACUUGGGACCGUUCUCAGAGCAAACUCCAUCAUACCUUACUGGUGAAUUCCCUGGUGACUAUGGAUGGGACACUGCCGGGCUCUCAGCUGACCCCGAGACCUUUGCCAAGAACCGUGAGCUCGAGGUGAUCCACUGCAGAUGGGCUAUGUUGGGAGCACUAGGCUGUGUUUUCCCUGAAAUCCUUUCCAAGAACGGAGUCACAUUUGGCGAGGCUGUGUGGUUCAAGGCCGGAUCCCAAAUCUUUUCUGAAGGAGGCCUUGACUAUCUUGGCAACCCGAACCUGGUUCAUGCUCAGAGCAUUCUUGCCAUUUGGGCUACUCAGGUUGUGCUCAUGGGACUAAUUGAAGGAUACAGAGUUGGAGGAGGUCCUCUUGGUGAGGGACUCGACGCGCUUUACCCAGGAGGGGCUUUUGACCCUCUUGGUUUGGCUGAUGAUCCUGAAGCAUUCCCAGAGUUGAAGGUAAAGGAGGUCAAGAAUGGAAGACUAGCAAUGUUUUCAAUGUUUGGAUUCUUUGUCCAGGCUAUUGUUACCGGAAAGGGUCCAAUUGAGAACCUUUAUGACCAUGUAGCCGACCCUGUUGCCAACAAUGCCUGGGCUUUCGCCACCAACUUUGUUCCUGGAAAGUGAAAAUAUGUAACUUUUAUUGCUCAGCUGUAAAAUUGUACUUGUUUUGUGACAUUCAAGUUCUGUACUCAAUCUGUUUGAUCCUCGCGGAUAUUGCUAAUAUAGCUGAGUGGAAUAUGUAUUUCUGGUA